AUGCCCUCAACUAAUCCAAGCGUCAGCUCACUGCAGGAGCUCGUACAGAGCAUCGUUCCGGAAAGCAAGAAGAACCAGAGGCUACGGGAAGAAUUAAUCUCACAUUGUCAAAAUGAAUUGUCUAGUCGCACAUACCAGAACCGAGAGCCGGAUAUAUCUCAUCUGACUGAACUAGUAAAGCAUCAUCUGGCUCAGCAUUCACAAACCAGUACAUCUACACUGCGCUUCACGCAUCUGCUUUCAAGGCUGUUAGACCAGCCUGUUCUAUCAAGGCCACAUGCAGCAGUGCAAUUCUUGCAUACGCUCGCUUCAUCAACUCCUGCGACAACAACCGAUGCUACAGCGCUACCAUCGUUAGGAUUACCGCGUUCUGCAAAACAACCUUCGCGUUCAACACCUACACCCAUAGCUGAUCCUUCUCAGCAGCCAAAGAAGAGUACAGGAAAGUCAAAGGCGGAGAUACUACACAAGUAUCGGACAAAAAUCGGACGUCCCCAAUUACCAGAGGAAGCUCUGCUGCGAGAUGCGCUGUAUAUUCUGCAAGGAAUAUCAGGAAAAUUCGUAAGGCUAGUCGAAAGUGAUGAGCAGAAUUUCGAGUCAAGACUCAUAUUUUCGGAUGAUCCUCAAAGCCACAUUUCAAUCCCGAAUCGUAUGCUCAUCCAUAGGUUAGCGGAACUCGGUCACCUAUAUCUUCGAAUCGCAAACUUUGUCCGACAACGAGAAGGCAGAAAUGGAGUAGGGAUGAUUGAGCAAAGUCUGUGUCAUUAUCUUGAAGCACAGCUCACAGAGUAUUACCGCAUCAUUGCUGUUUUGGAGUCGCAGAUGGCCCUGUUACAACAACACGGCGGAGAAGAGACGGAAGCAGAGCGAGGUGCAGGGUUAACACUCAAAAGACUUGAGGUGUGGAUUGACGAUUGGAGGCUCCGUCUUCGAAUGAUGAGUGCCUGCGUCGAGGGAUGCCAGGACGUCAGUGGUGGAGCACUUGUCAAUCUCAUACACAGCUAUACUGAGAAUGGUGAUCCGUUUGUACGCAAAGUGACUGACGAGCUGUUACAAGAGGUAUCAAAACCGUUCUUCAUGAUGCUUCACAAAUGGCUGUUUUCCGGAGAACUAUACGACCCAUUCUCUGAAUUCUUCGUGCGAAUCAACCCUGAACUUGCAGAUGCUCAAUUCGUGCAGCAUACUACCACUCAGCAGAACGGAAUUCUGAAUGUUGAUGAAGGUUUCGCCCCAGAGAAUGAUGACAUCGUUGGUGAUCGAAGUGGUCUUCGAUUAUGGGAGAGUAAAUACAUCUUCCGGAAGGAGAUGCUUCCUGCGUUUGUCGGCGAGGACUUCGGUCGAAAGAUAUUCUCCACAGGGAAAACCUUGAAUUUUAUUCGCUACAGCUGCCAUGACAGUGACUGGAUCACAACCCGUGAAAAACUCGGGGCAACUAAUGACACCCUUCAAUAUAGUGACAUAGUAGGCCUCGAGCAUUCCAUUGACUCGGCAUACUCCAUUGUCAGCCAGCGGCUUUUCGACGUAUUCUUCGAGAAGUUUGGUCUCAUGGUGCACCUGAAAGCACUGAAGAACUACAUCUUCCUCGCGUAUGGUGAUUUUGCGGAUGCGUUGAUGGAAUCGUUAGAACCGCAUUUAUCUCGUCCUGCGAACACGUUGUUUAGGCAUAACCUAACAGCUAAACUCGAAGAAGCCAUCCGAUCAACAAAUGCACAAAAUGAUCUGCCAGAGGUUCACAGACGACUUGAUGCAAGCAUGCAUGAUUAUACCCAUGGCGAGAUGGGCUGGGACGUUUUUACUUUGCAGUACAAGGUCGAUGCGCCGAUUGACACUGUUCUGGAUCCGGACACGAUGGAUAAGUAUCUGAGAGUUUUUGAACAUUUGUGGAGGUUGAAGCGGGCGGAGGGAGCUCUUUCGACUGGCUGGAUGAAAGCUGCUGGCGGCGCGAGGACUGUAUUGAGAGUUCCGAAUCUUGAAGGCGAAUGGCAUCGAUUACGGUUGACCAUAGCAGAGAUGAUCCAUUUCGUGCGACAGGUGCAGGCGUACUGUCACCUCGAGGUGAUCGAGUGUCAAUGGAAGAAGCUCAUGGAGUUCAUACAUAAGAAAGAAGGCGGUCUUGAUGCUUUGAUAUCCGCGCACAGGAAUUAUGUCGAUGCAGUUGACAAGAAAGUUCGGCUUGUUCAUCCGAAGAUCGGGAAGGAGGAGAACCUUCUGAGACAAGUACGUGACCUUUGUGGGAUAAUGGUAGACUUUCGAACUGCCAUGGAUGACCUCUAUGAUUACACUCUCAAAGAACGCGAUCGACUAGAAGUUGAGUGGCACGAUGCAGGACGGGGACUUUAUGUAGACCCUCGAACAACAAAGACCUUUGCAGAAGCCAGGAAAGCACUCCCCGAAAUCCUACAGCGUCUCGAAGCGUACCGAACGUCCUUCAGCGAGAAAGUACAAUCUCUCGUCGUAUCACUCGCUGCUCAUCCAGACCUCGACUGCAAAUACCUCGGUACCCGUCUUUCGUUUUCAGAUUUCUAUAAGAUAAGGCGCGACAAGGAUGGUCUUUCAAAGUCGUGA